AUGAAAAGUCAAUUCAUAAGACCUCGUUGUUUUCUCAAUGCCUCUCGGAAUCGUGUCUUCUAUUCCACCGUAAAGACCGCCAAAAACGCCUCGCCCACGACGCCGGCCACCAUGACAUCCAUGGUAUCUCAGAGGCAGGAUCUCUUCAUGACAGAUCCGUUGUCCCCUGGCUCCAUGUUCUUCCUUCCCAAUGGCGCUAAAAUCUUCAAUAAAUUGAUAGAGUUUAUGAAGUUACAACAGAAAUUCAAAUUUGGCUUCAAUGAGGUGAUAACGCCGUUAAUUUACAAAAAGACCCUAUGGGAGAAAUCAGGUCAUUGGGAAAAUUACUCCAAUGACAUGUUCAGAGUGGAGACUACCGACGAGGAAAAGGAAGAGUAUGGUUUGAAACCAAUGAAUUGUCCAGGCCACUGCCUUAUCUUCCGUAAAAAAGAUAGAUCGUACAACGAACUUCCCUUGCGAUUCUCGGAUUUUUCACCACUACAUAGAAACGAGGCUUCCGGUGCAUUAUCAGGACUAACGAGAUUAAGGAAAUUCCAUCAAGAUGAUGGUCAUAUCUUUUGCGCUCCUUCCCAGGUGAAAUCGGAAAUUUUCAACUGUUUGAAACUAAUCGACAUAGUUUACAAUAAGAUUUUCCCCUUCGCUAAAGGUGACACUGGUACAGCUAACAACUAUUUUAUAAAUUUUUCCACCAGACCAGACCACUUCAUUGGGGACGUAGAAGUCUGGAACCAUGCCGAACAAGUGCUCAAGGAAAUUCUAGAAGAAUCAGACAAACCGUGGAAAUUAAACGCUGGUGACGGGGCAUUUUAUGGUCCAAAACUGGACAUAAUGCUAACCGAUCACUUGGGUAAAACUCAUCAGGUCGCCACCAUUCAGUUAGAUUUCCAAUUACCCGAGAGGUUCGACUUGAAAUUCAAAGAUCAAGACAAUUCCUACAAGAGACCAAUUAUGAUUCAUAGGGCUACUUUUGGUUCAAUCGAAAGAUUCAUGGCUUUACUAAUAGAUUCAAACGAGGGCCGCUGGCCAUUUUGGUUAAACCCUUAUCAGGCGGUAAUCAUUGCUGUAAAUACCAAAAGUGAGCAACAACUAAAGAUGUGCAACGAUUUACUAAAAAAACUACGCAAUGAAGGAAAGGCAAAUGAUAUGGAGCCUAUUACUUUGAAUGAUUGGCAUUUCAACGCUGACCUUGAUAUAAGAAACGAACCUGUAGGAUAUAGAAUCAAAUCUGCCAUUUUGAAAAAUUAUUCUUAUUUAGUCAUUGUGGGAGAUGAAGAAGUAAAGCUGCAAAAAUACAACAUCCGAGAACGUGACAACAGGAAGAGUUUUGAAAAACUUACCUUGGAUGAAAUUCGGGAAAAAUUCAUUAAUUUGGAAAAAAACUACAAGUAA